GAUCUGAUGACGUUUCAUGCACCCGAUUAUCCGACCGCCAGACAGUCAAGACGACCAGGCGGACUUGCACCUUUUGAAAGACAUCACACGGUAUUCAAGUAACAGACACCAUGCCGAAGGAAAAGACUCACAUCAGUAUCGUUGUGAUCGGCCACGUGGACUCGGGGAAGUCAACAACUACUGGUCAUCUCAUCUACAAGUGUGGAGGGAUUGACAAAAGGACAAUUGAAAAGUUUGAGAAAGAGGCCCAAGAGAUGGGCAAGGGGUCCUUCAAGUAUGCCUGGGUGCUGGACAAACUGAAGGCCGAGAGAGAAAGGGGCAUCACUAUCGACAUUGCUCUCUGGAAGUUCGAGACAACGAAGUUCUCUAUUACCAUUAUUGACGCUCCAGGCCAUAGAGACUUCAUCAAGAACAUGAUCACUGGAACCUCCCAGGCCGACUGUGCUGUACUCAUAGUGGCAGCGAGCACCGGGGAGUUUGAAGCUGGAAUAUCCAAAAAUGGCCAAACAAGAGAACAUGCCCUGCUUGCCUACACGUUGGGCGUGAAACAAAUUAUUGUUGGCGUUAACAAGAUCGACAAUACGGAACCGCCCUACUCUGAAACGAGGUUCCUGGAAAUUGUCUCCGAAGUUAAAACCUACUUGAAAAAGGUUGGCUUUGAUCCUAAAUCUGUGGCAAUUGUUCCUAUCUCUGGUUGGCAUGGGGACAACAUGCUUGAUGUAAGUCCAAACAUGCCUUGGUAUAAAGGCUGGACAACUGAAAAAACUAUUGAAAAGACACAAAUAAAAGCUUCAGGAAAAACACUUUUCGACGCACUUGAUAGCAUCGUACCUCCCACUAGACCCAUUAAAAAGCCUCUGCGUCUCCCACUUCAAGACGUCUAUAAGAUAGGAGGAAUUGGAACGGUACCAGUGGGCAGAGUGGAGACAGGAGUCCUGAAGCCAGGAAUGGUCGUUACAUUCGUCCCUGUCAACAUCACCACAGAGGUGAAGACAGUGGAGAUGCACCAUGAAUCACUGUCUGAAGCCUUGCCUGGAGACAACGUUGGCUUCAACGUCAAGAACGUCUCCGUCAAGGAGAUACGACGAGGGAACGUAACAGGAAACAGCAAGGACAACCCACCAUUCGAGGCGCAGUGUUUCGAUGCUCAGGUGAUUAUCCUGAAUCACCCGGGUCAGAUCGCUGCUGGAUACGCUCCAGUCUUGGAUUGUCACACAGCACACAUCGCAUGUAAGUUCGCGGAACUCAAAGAGAAAGUGGACCGUAGGAAUGGCAAGAAGCUGGAAGACAAUCCCAAGUUCUUGAAGUCUGGGGACGCUGGCAUCAUAAAUCUGAUACCAUCUAAACCAAUGUGUGUAGAGCCAUUUGCCGAGUUUGCUCCACUCGGAAGAUUUGCAGUCCGCGACAUGCGACAGACGGUGGCCGUCGGGAUCAUCAAGGAGGUCACCAAGAAGAUAGCAAGCACGGGCAAAGUGACCAAAGCUGCCAAGAAAGCACUUUAACCUGUACCGUUCUCAAAGCUUAUGAGUAGAUUUUCACUUAAAUCAUAUUACAUCAUUUCACUGUAACAUGUCUUAUAUAUGAACAACGACUAACAAAUAUUUCAUGUUGUGUAGUUAUGUAAAGUAUAUUUAUAUAUCUGUCUGUUAUACUGACUGAGUUUGGUUUUACGCCGCUUUGAGCAAUAUUCCAGCAACAUCACGGCGGGGAACACCAGAAAUGGGCUUCACACAUUGUGCCCAUGUGUGGAUUCGAACCCGGGUCUUCGGCGUGACGAGCCAACGCUUUAACCAUUAGGCUACCCCACCGCCCCCUGUCUGUUAUAACCCACAUGGGUCCUUCAGUAAGUUGUUUAACUAUUUUGAAGAAUAAUGCUAUAAGGAGGCAAAGGAUAUUGGAAAACGAGGGACUUCUCACAAAAGACUUGGAUAUUAUGCUCAAAGCGCAAUAUCUAGACUCUUUAGUCUCCUUCCUAUGCAUCGAUGAUAACAGUUUACAUGAUUCCGUUCAGUGUUCCCAUUGUUGACUAUAAGGCGUAACAUUUCAUUUGAAACCAAUUUAAGAAGGAUUAUGUUGUGAAAGAAAUAUGCCAUCCUGUUGUAUACAUGAGUGAUUGAUUGAGUUGGGUUUUACGCCGAUUUUAGCAAAUUUUAGUGCUAAAGAUAGAAACAAACUACAAUGCCUCUAACUUAACAUUAGUUCAAUACAGCAGCGUUUCAUGUGUUUGUAAUAUGGGCCAAUGGACGGACCAAAGAACAUAAUGAACUCUGUCAAUUAAAAAUACUUACACCAGCCAA